UGACAACUGCUCUUUCUAUAGAUGUACUUUGAUACCCCGUUAAAUAGCAUCUCAACAUAGUUUCUACAUGACGUUAAUAGGAUCCAGGCAUGAUGUAAAAUCUUGAGUGAGUGUGGAUAGCUGAUCCUAGGGUGGACCCGCCCUUGUAAUGCAUGUACAUAUGUUGACAGAUGUCUACGUCGUAGAGGACCAGUCAUAUCGUAUUAUUAUGCUUGGCAUUCAUUUAUUCCAGUCGGCCCAAGGCAGGCCAGCUACGAGGCUGAACUUAUCUGUAGGACAGCAGGCACAGCCUCACGAACCUCCCACAUUCACCUCUCCUCCACCUCACCCUCAUACGCUGUGUUUGUUCAUUUCUCAUCAUAUCUUUCGCUUUCUUUCUCAAAAAUUAAUCUGGCAAUGGCACGGCGGCCAGAGCACGACAAAUACACGGUGGGAUGGCUUUGCGCAAUACCAAUCGAGCUGGCGGCGGCAAGAGGGGUACUAGACGAAGUACACGAACAAUACGAGACGGGAGGCUGCAUCUUCACACUGGGCUCAGUCGCAUGGCACAAUAUUGUAGUCGCAUGUUUACCAGCUGGACAGAUGGGUAUCAGCCCUGCUGCAGUCGUUGCAUCGAAAACGCGCGCCGCAUUCCCAAACAUUAAGUUCGGUCUGAUGGUUGGCAUCGGAGGCGGGGUACCUUCCAAUGCGGAGGCUAUGAACAGCGUUCGGCUCGGGGACGUGGUUGUAAGCCAGCCCUUGGGAACUUUCGGUGGUGUCAUACAGUACGAUAUGGGCAAAGUCACGCCGGGUGGCUUCCUCAGAACUGCGCAACUUAAUUCGCCACCGACCAUCUUGCUCAGCGCUAUCGCACUGAUGAAGGCAAACGAGGCAGGCGGCUUGAGUAAUAUGCACCAUCACAUGGCCCAACUCGAGAGCCUUGCACGAAGCAAUAUCUUCCGCCGCGAUCAAACGACCGAAGAUGUCCUGUUUUCCUCCGAUUACAAUCAUUCUGAAGGAGGUCAGACAUGUCGCAACUGCUCACGAGAUAUGAUAGUGCAGCGGCCGCAACGACAACAGGGGCGUGAAGUCUUGGUGCACUAUGGCAACAUUGCUUCCGGAAAUAAAGUGAUCAAGGAUGGACUUGAAAGAGACAGAAUUAGUCAGAUGUUGGGUGGCAUUCUAUGCUUUGAAAUGGAGGCAGCAGGUCUAAUGAAUCAUUUUGAAUGUCUUGUCAUUCGUGGAAUCUGUGACUACGCGGAUUCGCACAAGAACAAGACAUGGCAAGCAUACGCAGCUGGUACAGCAGCUGCUUACGCGAAAGAGUUGUUGUUAACCAUUCCCGGAGAACAGAUCAAUAAUCUCCCCACAAUGAACGAGUCCCUGGGUAGAAAAUCGGAAACACACAUAUUUCCACCCUCCACAACCACAGCCACAAAGUCUCCCGGGCCCACAAUGGCUCCAAUUGCAUAUCCUGUCACACUGCCAAAGCUACAUGCUACGGAUUGGAUAUCACCAAGUAAUUUCGUACAUGCUGUGAGGCAACAUGUUGAGUUCACACAGCGCUUAGAAACGGCACACCCCGAGAUCUCUCAACUGCUGCGGGAAGCGGAUAUAUCCGAAUGGUUGCGUAGAGCCAGAAUUACCGAAUGGUUUCGCAGAGCUGAAGAAUCGGAUAUCCCAGAGAUAAUUGAAUAUUUGCUGGAUUCUGGUCUCGACCCUAACAGCCUAUCGUACUAUUGCAAUGAUGACGAAAGCACCGAGCCUGCCUGUCCACAUAUCUCGAUUCUUGCAUAUUCGUGGGGGCUUAGCAUGGGUCAUGCAAAGCAAUCGAAGAUCUUCAUAGAUCUAGCGAAUCGUGGCGCAGAUGUGGUCGAUUACCGGAUGGCAAAUGGUAUGACGGCUUUGCACAAAGCGAUUCAGGCGAAGAACCGUACAAUCUUGGCGGAAAUGAUUCAACGUGGUGCCAACAUCCAUUCCAGAGUCCAAGCUCUAAUGCCAGAAAGCCAGUCAGAUCUAGAAGGGUAUACACCGCUCUUACUUGCUUUCCACUUUGGUUCUCUUUCCUUAGCCAAACUCUGUAUAGAUAGAUAUGACUGUGAGAUCGAUGUCAAAGUCAAUGGUAGCCAACUCCUUGAACAGGCUAUGCUUUCUUCUAAAGAUGAAAGCUACGAGCUUGUCAAUCAAACUGUGCAAUAUCUUCUCGAACAUGGAGCCGAUCCCAACUCCUUUGGAUUCGAUGGAGAGCCCUUAUGUUUUCUCGCUCGUCGUCUCGACCGGCGUGAUUUUUUCUGGUCACUCAUUGAGCACGGUGUAAAUGUAAACGUUCGCAACCGCCGCGGGACCCUGCUAAUCGUGGACGCCAUACUGCAAUCAGAAACCGACGUGGUGGAAGCUAUACUGAAGACCGGAACCUUGACGAUCGCCACGUGUAAAACAGCAAUGCCGUAUGCUAAUAAUGAUUCUGAUGGCAGAUGGAUCAGACGACUGCUAAAUGGAGAGAUAGCUCGACUCAAGUCGGGUGUACCUGCCCCAACCCCAAUUGUAAAACCCACGACGAAAGUGCCAAGCAAUAGCAGCAGCAGCAUAGCAUCACAGAGAAUCGAGUUACAAGUUCCUAGUGAUAAUGUGCCACGCAGGAAAUCUCAACCCACAGUUCGUGGCCGCAUGAAGAAUACAUUGAAAGGCUUCUUUGGUUCAAUAUAG